AGGAGGCGGCAGCUGAGAUUACACAAGGGUUUUUUCCCUUUCCUCCUCUCCUCUUCAUCUUACUUGCCGCACCAUAAUUACAGUUGGUUGUUACUCUGUAGUGCUUUUGGGUUGUCUUCUCCUUCUCCAUCCCUAUGUGGGUUUCCAAAAGUUUUUGCAACUUACUUAUUUAUGUCCGAUAUCCCUCUACUUCUCCGCACACCGUUCAUUUAUUUGGUAAUUGGUAAAUACAAAAUGAUACGGUGCUGCUUGCACUCCAAUUGGCAUUCAAGUUUCAAAGGCCAACUCUACUCUAACACAAAGUUAAUCCCCCUCUAUCAGAGACAAGGGCGAGGAGGAGGAGGAGGACAAUGUAGCAGAGAGCAAGUGUGCCUCCCGGGUUGUAGCUCUCUGCCUUUCUCUCAUUCGUGUUGUUCUUCUUGUGAUCGUAGAGUUAGUCAUACUCAUGGUCAAAUCCCAUUUGUUUGGCCAUACCCCUCUGCACCAAGAACAAUUUUACAAGAAAAACUCUCCCUAAUUCUAAACUCAACAGCUAGUAAUAAAUCCAAAACUUCUUUACUGCCCAGUUUUACUAUACUGGGAAAAGUUUCAGAGCUAAGUGUUAGGUGGUUUUCUAGCUCCAGCAAUGAUGAUACAGAUUCCGAUGCUGAAAAUGAGGAGAAUGAUGAGAGUGAUACUUGUGAAAGAGAAAACAAAGGUGCUAUUGUCAAAUCAACUGCAGAUCCUGCUGAGGUUCAUAAGGUAUGCAAGGUGAUUGAUGAGUUGUUUGCAUUGGACCACAACAUGGAGGCAGUUCUAGAUGAAUGUGGGAUCAAUUUAUCACAUGACCUGGUCAUAGAGGUGUUGGAAAGAUUCCGUCAUGCUAGAAAACCGGCUUUCCGCUUCUUCUGUUGGGCAGCGGAGAAGCCAGGUUUUGUCCAUGAUUCAAGGACUUACCAUUCGAUGAUGAUCAUACUUGCUAAGGCAAGACAGUUUGAGACUAUGAUGUCAAUGCUUGAAGAGAUGGGUGAAAAAAGGCUAUUGACAUUGGACACAUUUUCCAUUGCACUGAGAGCUUUUGCUGCUGCAAAGGAGAGGAAAAAGGCUGUUGGUAUUUUUGAGUUAAUGAAGAAUCACAAAUAUAGAGUGGGUGUAGAGACCAUUAAUGCUCUGCUUGAUAGUCUUGGGAGGGCCAAGCUUGGGAAAGAAGCUCAGGCACUAUUUGGGAAGUUGGAAGGUAGGUUUACGCCAAAUUUGAGGACAUAUACUGUAUUGCUUAAUGGAUGGUGCAGGGUGAAGAAUUUAAUGGAGGCAGGGAGGAUUUGGAACGAGAUGCUUGAUGAGGGUUUUAAGCCUGAUGUUGUCACCCAUAAUAUUAUGCUUGAAGGGUUGUUAAGGAGUAAAAAGAGGUCUGAUGCAAUCAAGUUCUUUGAGGUCAUGAAAUCCAAGGGCCCAUCACCUGAUGUUCGGAGCUAUACAAUUUUGAUCCGGGAUCUGUGCAAACAAACCAAGAUGAAAGAGGCAGUUGGAUAUUUUCAUGAGAUGGUUGAUUUCGGUUGUCAUCCUGAUGCUGCAGUUUACACAUGUUUGAUGACAGGGUAUGGGAAUCAUAAGAGGAUGGACAUGGUUUAUGAAUUGUUAAAGGAGAUGAAAGAAAAGGGCUGUCCACCUGAUGGGAAAACUUAUAAUGCCCUUAUCAAGUUGAUGACCAGCCAGAGAAUGCCAGAUGAUGCAGUGAGGAUAUACAAGAAGAUGAUUCAAAAUGGAAUUGAACCUUCAAUCCACUCUUACAAUAUGAUAAUGAAAUCUUACUUUCAAAUAAGAAACUAUGAAAUGGGUCAUGCCGUUUGGGAUGAAAUGAGUAAGAAAGGCUUUUGCCCUGAUGAUAACUCCUAUACUGUUUUCAUUGGAGGGCUUAUAAGUCAGGGUAGAUCUGAAGAGGCAUGCAAAUAUUUGGAGGAGAUGAUAGAAAAGGGAAUGAAAGCUCCUCAACUAGACUACAACAAAUUUGCGGCUGAUUUCUCCCGAGCUGGGAAGCCUGAUAUACUUGAGGAGUUAGCUCAAAAAAUGAAGUUCUCUGGCAAGUUCGAAGUCUCUAAUGUGUUUGCCAGGUGGGCUGAGAUGAUGAAGAAGAGAGUUAAGAGAAGAGAACCUGGUAAUAGAAAAUGUACUCAACUUGCCCAUGGCCAACGGUACUCUCUUUAUGAGAUGGCAGAUGGAUGAUGAUUGUUGAAAAUCUUUUCUUCCUGUUCUUUACUGAUGAAUAUUUUUUUAAUGAUUGCCCAUUACCAAUGGUGCUGGUUUGUGUUGUAUAUUUUUGUAUUCAUUACGUCCCACAUUUCUUGUUUUAAUUCUUAUUUUAGUUACUUUCAAGAGAUAUGUGACUUGUCUUUAAUGCAAUAUAAAUUGGGCCAGUUUUUAUUGCGUUGUUGCUGAGGUUUGCAUUGAUUUAAUUAAAGGUAAAACAAAUCAUUUAAGUGAAUUUCCUGGGUCACUUUGAAAGAAAGUAGAGGCUGCAUGGGUUAAAUUCAUGGCUGACGUGGGUAUGGGUGAAUGUUUAGUGAAAUCCUCCUGAACAUCUGAACCAUGUACCAUUUUGCUGCAGAAGUUAGUUUUCAAGAUUGAGGCCACAGCUAUAAUCACUAAUAAAUCAUAUGAUCUAAAAUUUCUGAGGCAAUUAAUUGAAUUGUUUCAGAUGACUGGUUGCGGAAGGUCAUACUGCUAUGACGUUAUAGAAGUACAAAUUUUUAGGGCCGGCCAGCUAGCAUUGGAGUCCAAGGUUCUAUCACACUCGUUAUGACAUUUGAUUCACCAGAGGCUGAACAGCGUAACAAAGACAUAUGCCGACAGGCCGGGGCUAUUACUUUUCCACAAAACUUGUUUUAAGCAGUUCUAAUUUGGUCCAGAAGUGCCUCGAAAUUCGAGUUGGGUGUUUGGUGUUGAAGGCAAAUUCCGUUACCCUCUUGUUUUGAUAUUAAUUUCGAUUGAUCUCUAAGAUUGAUUUGUGACGUUACUUGGUUUGCUUGAUAACGAUCAAGUAUUGGAUCUGAUAAAUUAUUGCUGUGGUUCUUACAAAGGAAUCAGCGGGGUAAAUUUGGACUAGUAUGCUCAUGUAGCAACUGCUGGUUAUUGGUUUUGUGUGGUCUAAUUAUUAUCAGUUUUACUGUUAAA